UUCUAUUAGCCAAAUUUUUUCCAAAAGUCGUAGAGGGAAAGAGGGGUAAAGGGAGCAGACAUCGAGGGAGGGAGAAGGAGACUGUGUUAGUGUAAACAAUCUGGCAGCGGAAAGAACUGCUUAGCUGGGAACGAAGAACAGACGGCUUUCGGUAACUGAGGCUAGGGAGAAGGUUAUCACCCCUCGGGUUGGCAGAGGUCAAAACAAACAGUCGGCAGUAGGUUUUUCUGUCGUGUUUGACUCAGUUUUGAGCUCAAAAGGAACAAGCAAACAGUUGAAUCUCUGUAGAGCAUUCAGAGAGACGUCAACGAAGCGAUACACUAGAGCCGAAUAGUGAUCCGCUGGCUCAGUUUUGAUGAAGAUGGCUUGGUCCACUGUUGUGAAACUCUGCUUGAUCGUCAUUUUGUGCUUCACAGUCGUCGACUACGUCAACGCACAGGGGCGCACUGCUGGUAGCAGCAACACCAACUUAAAACUGAAAGAAGAAGUCGAGUUCCUCAAAGCUAACCUGAGCGCCCUGUGGGACAUUGUUUCGGCACUGCAAACACGCGCGGCUGAGGAACGCCAAGACGAAUCGGAGGAACUAGUCGUCAGCUUGGGUCUCAAAAGGAGAGAAACAUGGGGCCCUAAUAUGAAAAACAUUUUUGAUUCCCAGAUACGUGUUCGACCACAGGACGAAUCCAAGAGCUAUCCAGCCGUCUCAGCAGCCUAUUUGCUUUUCCGGCGCAAAGACUACAGCACGUGGAGGAGGGUUAAGAACACGGACGAGCUUUACUUCUGGCAUCGCGGAACAACUUUAUUAUUACAUACACUGAAGCCGGAUGGUAGUGUCCAGCAAGUCAAAUUGGGCGACCCCAUUCAGGAUCCCGAUGCGAGUCCGCAAGUCAUCAUCGCCGUAGGAUCUUGGGUGGCGGCAGAACUAGAAGACAAACUUAGUUAUUGUCUGAUUAGCGUUGUUCAAGCUCCAGGAUUUGACGCUUCAAAAGCCGAAGUGGGUCAACCUGAAGCGUUGAUAUCACGUUACCCUCAGUCCGAGACACUCAUCAACCGCUUGGCUCCGCCUCGCCAACUGCCGGCGACGACAGCUGAUGUAGUCGAUGAUGAGUAGGGAGACCGUUUCAGUUUUUUGUUUUGACUUUAAACUUUUUUGACCCUUUUCACUGGCGUGUUUUUCUUCGUCCCUCCAUCAGCAAAUCCUUCUGCCAAUUUUUAUAUGUGCCCGAUUGUAAUUGUAAUCUUUUUUUCCCCCCAAGAAACAAUAAUAAAUCAUUAGAUUGCACUGUUUUACACAUAGAGUGCGCCCAUAGCCUUAGUGAAUAACUGUGAAUGCAACAACAAUAUUUGGAGGAAAUACGAACAGAAUAAAUGACCUACAUCCCCUCCCCUAUUUUUUUAUACCGUACAAGAACCCUUUCACGACUGUUCUUAUACAAGUGCACGAACGGCCCAGUGCGUCGGGCCGCCCACAUUUAACGCGCGUCGCCAGUUGGAUAUAAUAACAACCGACGCUUUGUUGCAGACAGACGUUAGUACGAACGUUGAGUGGAUAGGUGAAAAUAUUGUAACGGGAAACUGGUUUCAUCCAAAUCGAUGUUUGAAAGUCUAGAGUACUGGACUAGUUGAUCAAAAUGACAAUCGGAAAUGGCGGGGGAAGUCGAACGGAAUUUCAAUCGAGUGAGGCGGAGAUAGUAACAGUGGGAAAGACGUUGGAUGCCAACAAAUAUGCUACCAAGAAAACUAUCGCUCAGGGAAUGUUGGACAUUGCACUGCUAACUGCUAACGCUUCUCAGUUAAAAUACGUUUUGCAGCUGGGACAUCGGCACGAGUUCUAUUACAUCAUGGUUUCUCUCAUCUCAUCUUCGAUCGUUCUUCAGGUGACUACUCAACUAAUUUUCCUUGUAGAAGGUUUUUUCGAAGACAUUGCGCAACGAAAUCCCAAAUUACUGGAAGAGCUGCAAAUUAAUGAAUGUUAUCAAUAAAGAUUUUUGCGCGUGCGGUGGCGGAUAUUAGUACCUGUCCGGAGUAUUUUGACUCCGUGCGGCACAUCGGUAGCGGAAGCAACCAACAGUUACCUCAGAGGGGUCUCUGUAAAGAUUAGCGAAAAGUACCGACCUCCUCGUAGACCCACACUUCCGCCUGGAUUAUGCUUCGAACCUUCUCCUCAUUUAUUUUCUGAUAAUAUUGACCUCAUUGAUGAAGUAAGUGCAUUGAAGCUGAUAGCCUCAAUGAGAGAUCUACAUACACAGGAGACUACAAGAAGAAAGCAAAGUGUAUCUGCAUUUUUAGAGAGUCAAGCUGCUGUCGAUGAGAAGGAAAUUGAAGAGAUCACUUCAGACCUUUCCUUGAACAGUCUUACUAACAACAUUCCCUCACUAAGUGUUCUCAACUUGCAAGCAAGGAAUGGGCAAUUGCUACAACAUACUCAGGCUUCCAUGGAAGUCCUUACUCCAAUUCAAAGCUCGACUGUGGAAAUCAAGAAGAAAGAAAACAUGUCUGCUAUCAAUCUAGCUGAAUUUGAGAGUUAUUCAACAAAUCCUUUUGAGGAAAUGGAAUUAAAGACCUUGAAUGACAAAGAAGAAUUAGCCAUGUUGCUCCAACCCAGCCCUCAGCCAUCUUAUGGACUACAGUAUCAGAACUAUAACCCAUCAACAAUUCCAUCUUGGACUGAAAAUAGACAUCAACCUGUGCGUCAAUAUGAAGCUGCAGCAAAUUGGAUUCCCAAUGAAAGUUCAUUCUUUAGUGUUGACAAGCUAUCUCAUGGGAACAUCGCUAUACCUGUAGAAUUCCAAAAUCAAGCAAUCUCACAUAAAAACUUACGUCAAGCUAAAAGUGUCCCAGACCUCUCUGACGUAAGUUUUGGGACGGGAGAAACCCCUAUAAAUAAACCGCCAUUUACAGGUGUGACGGACAAAAGACUCAGUUCUCGCACUCCCCCUCCUCGUUUAACAUCAGAUUCUAUAAAAAGACCAGUGCCUAAACCAAACUUUGAUGUUGCAUCUCCGUAUGAAAGGAAACUGAACGCAAUCGAAAAACGUUUAGUCCAGCAGCUACAAGAUAUGGGAUUUGUGAGAGAAAAUGCAGUUCGUGCUAUUGCUCGACUUGGUGCCAACGAAAAGGAUGUUGUUGAUCAGCUUUUACUAAUACAGAAACUGGAAGAAUCGGGCCAUUCCAUUGAGAGAAUAGAAACGGCUUUAGACGUUCUUAAGCCCUGUAAGGAAUUACCAACGCAAUUAGAACAUCAUUUAGUGUUAGUUGAUCAGUUGUCUGCUUUAGGAUUUGAACACGGUAAGAUUAGCUCUGCGCUUGUUGCUGCUGGACACGAUCGCGAUAAAGCCUUGGAUAUUCUUUUGUUAAAGUAAAUUACAUUAAAAUCAUACGAUGUUUAUUUAGUUUUUUUUUUUCGUGUUCUUAUGUCCUCAAGUCAAUCAAUAUUUUUUUGUUCUUCGAUAAGUAUAAAAAUCCAAAUGUCAACGAUUCUGUACUUAGUCUUCACCUUUUUUCUGCUGGAAUAAAUUGACAUAUGACAUUA